AUGGCCAUUGCAUUUAUAGUAAAUUGCUCCAUUCACAAAAAACCCUUCCAUGUCUCAGAAAAUUCCCCUCAAGACAAAAAUAUUCCACUUUUUUCUAUUUUUAAGGCAAACCUGAGAUCAACUCUACCUCAAGUGUCUUUGCAAUUUGAUGUUGCCAAAACAAUGAAAAAUAGUGUUGCAAAAUUAGUUGAUGUGUUUGUGGAUUCAUUCUUUGAAUUCAUUGACAAGCCAUUGCUUCCAUCUAAGAGUAACUUUGCUCCUGUGGAAGAGUUAGGGGAAGCCAUAGUUGUGAGUAGCAUCCAAGGACAAAUUCCAAAGGAUUUUCCAGAGGGUGUCUACAUUAGAAAUGGCGGACCUGGCAACUGGGAAGCUCUUUGGAAGGAUCAGGCCCGUGAUAUGUACUUAAGGGAGCUGUAUAAGGCUUAUGCCUCUUUAAAAGAGGUAAGCAAAGCUCUGGCUCUAUUCAAUUUCCACGGCGGUGCAGGCGUUCAAGUGAUGCACCUGGCGAGGAUGAUUGAUGGGAAGAUUGAGGCUCUCAAUUCUGCCCAUAAGGAGUUAGAGUUUCUGCGUAGUCAAAAUGCUUCUCUGACUCAAAGAGCGUCUCAGACAGCACCCAUGGAGGAAUUGGUUGUUAUAGUCGAACUCGGACAUGCAAAGCGUCUCAAACAACUAGGUGGAAAUCUUUCUUUCAGACCUCAAUUGCGUCAGUUGUACCCUAAUUUCGUCAUUCCUGAUCAAAUCCACUUUUUGGAGGGCUAA